AACGCUUACGACAUAAACCGAGUGAAGACAGUUUAAACAAAUGAUUCCUCUGCCUUAAUUAGUUUCUUUGUUUAAUGGAUGCCUAAAAGUUACUUAAAACAAGAAUUGAUCUACAAUAAAAUACUAUUUCUACACGAAAAUGUCCUUUCAAAAUGAAACAGAUAUGCAGUUUACCUUCACAUUUUAUUAUUUCGUACGCUAUCUGGGAUACUGUGAAGAUAUUCCCGAUCCGAAUAAAUAUGGGAAUCCACUAACCUUACCUGAAAAGUGGCAACAGAUACCAAUCAUAUGCUUGUCACUCGUCGCCUUUAUUUUCAAUGCCAUAUCGCUGUUUGUAUUUCUUUUUGGUGAAAUAACUGCAAAUCUCAUUUCCGCAUCACAGGAGUCGAAGACACCUAUAUCAACACCAACACCAACAAUAACAACAACAACACUAGUUCCAAAAAGAGGUAAACCAAAGAAAUGUGGACGUUCUAGAAGUUCAUUUCUAACCAGUCUAAUAAUUCUAAGCACAUUUGAACUGAUUUUCAAUCUAUCCCUCUUCAUAUUUAAGCUGAAUGAAGUACUUUCACCAUAUUAUAUUCAUCGAACACCAGUUAAUCCAGCUUUACAUAUACCACCAGAUAUGACUAUCGUUAUAGUUCCAGUGGUGCAAAAUAUACUCAUGUUCUUGUCGGACUUGGGUCUGAUGUGUAGAAAUUGGUGCAUCUGUUUAAUAACAGCUGCUCGUGCUGAAGUGGUGAUAUGGCCGCUAGGUUCCAGACGAUGGCAACGUAUUCUGCGUAAUCCACAAAGAUUUACAAUCAUAUUUUCCAUCUUUUUGGUCAUUUCCAUUUUGAUUGCAGGUUUUAAACAUGCAGAUUUUAUUGGUUUAUUGUGUUAUGACAAGAAAACUCAGAAAUAUGGAUUGUGGUCUGAAGAAUACAUUUGGACGUCUGAAGCAUUUUCCCGCUAUAUGUCAUUUGUUGUGCAACCUUAUCAAGCCUUUGUUACAUGGCUUAUAAUUGUUGUAUUUACAAUUUUAAUUCUGUUUAGAUUGAAACCAUGGAAAAAGGACGAUGGCUCCAUUUUGUUUCCUCCAAAUUCAAAAACAUUGGAUGAUAUACCAAAUAUGCAACGAGAACAACAGCAACACUGUCCUGUUCAAUAUGAUGCUUUAAAAAGACGUCAGCAAGGUCAAAUGAGGGCGACACGAAUCGUAUUAGUUGUCUCCAUAUUAUUUGGUUUAUUAGAAUGUAUGAAUUUUAUCAUAUCAAUAUGCCAAACAGCAAAACUACUGACCAAUCAUCGUGUAAGUCGUUUAUUGGAAACCAUCGGUAACACACUGAUUGUAACUGACUCGAUAUGUAAUUUUCUAGUUUUCAUCUCCAUGAUGUCGUACUUCCGUCAAUUAUUCGUGAAGAUAUUUUUCUGCAGAGUUUUGAACAGUGAUAUGACUUCACAAAAGACAACAUCGUGCACUUCCAUCAACCAGACAUCUGCUGCAAUUAUCGACAAUGCCCAUAAAUAAAAUAGAAAACAUCUAUGGUAGAUAGUUUUGUAAAAAGGACAUGCACUGAAUGUAUACACAUAAAUUAAGAGCCAGAUUUGACUGCUUCUCACCUAUAAUCCUGGUAUUGAUGAAAGCAAUCCUUUUAAAUAUCUUAAUACGUUUAAUUUGCUAUCUUCAUCAUUACUGUGUCCAAGCAAACAUGUCUCCAUAGCCAUCUCAGUUUCACUGUUCCAGAGUUCAUUUGAUAAAGAUAAGUACUAGCGUUGAAACGAAAUUUCAUCAUUAUCCAUAAUAUUUGCAUACCGUUUACGAUAGUGUUAAUUCUAUAUGCUUCUCAAAUCCUAUUGCUUUCGUAUUAAUAUUGUCGUUGUUGUCUAAUUCUGAUACGUUCUGUCUUAUCCUUCUCGUUUUAUACAUAUAUCAGCUAAAAUAUAUAACGAAAAUAAGAUGGUGCUGAUAAUUUUUAUGUUUUCAUCCUUUCAGCGAUUGUUUUAUUAAAAGAUAAAAGGACUAACUGAUGACAAAGUAAUUCAGAGUUUGUAUCCUGAAAUUCUUGCGACACCCUGAUCUAGUUCAGAUUAUAAUCUUACCAGAAUCUUAAUUUUUGUUUGUCUCACUAAUACAUCAGUUCUGAAAGAUAUACAGCUGUUAGGAAAGUGAAAUUUUUAUACAGAAUUGAUCAGGCCCACUGCUUUUAGUUAACAUGCGUUAAUGUUGGAUUAGAAUGAAGACUGUGAAAGGCAUAAUUGUUGAUUUGUUUCCUGACAUAUUUUGAGAAAAGCUCUGUGAAACUACUCUGAGAAAAUGCAGCUGAUUUGUAACAAAGUUUUAAAAGUGGUUUGGAAGGCUUAACCCUACGACAACUCAUUCGUACAGAAGAAUGGCUUCUUUUGUGAUGAGAAUAAAUUGAAUAUAUUGAUAUCAUAUGGGAAGAUAUUUCAGAAAGGUAACAGAAGAGCACGUUAAUCAUUGUAAAGUAAUUAGGAACAGAUCAAAUUUUCAGUUGUUUUUCACGCCAAUCGAUGAUAAAAGCACACAGAUUAC